AUGUCUGAGACUGCUUCUGAAGAAUUGAAGACCACGUUGGCGGUCACGACUGCCAAUGUGGACUCCCCAAAGGUGGUGAAGGACAAGCAGGGCCGUGAUGUCGUGCUUAUUCCGCAGCCUUCGGACGAUCCAGAGGACCCGUUGAACUGGCCACUGAGAAAGAAGAUCAUCAUCUUCGCCUCGGUCUGUCUGGCUGCCUUCGCAGCUCAGAUGUCUCCCAAUUCGAACAUGCUCACUUUCAUGUCGCAGGUGCCAGCUUAUAACAAGACACCAAACGACCUGCUUUACUCUGUAUCUGCUGGUCUUGCUGGCUGGGUCGCCGGUCCCUUCUUCUUUAUUCCCCUUGUUGGAGUGGUCGGACGAGGCUCCGUCAUCUUUUGGAGUCUCGUGUGCAUCUUCGCUGGUCAGAUCUGGGGUGCCGAGAUGACUGGCGUCAAUAACUACAUUCCGUUCACCAUCUCCAGACUCUUCACCGGUCUGUUCGGCGGUAUUCCGGCCAUUCUGGGCAGCGGAUACAUCAUUGACAUGUUCUUCCUGCACCAGCGUGGAAAGGCCUUUGCUGUUUUCGAAAUCAUGAUUAUCUUCGCUGUUGUAGGCGGUGGAACACUUGGAGGCUUCAUCGCCAACAAUAACCCUUGGGACCUUGUUUUCUGGUGGACUCUCGGUCCCGUUGGAGCUGCGAUGAUUCUCGUCUUCGUCUUCGUCGAAGAGACCACCUACAACCGCGAUGCUGACGUCCCCCAUCCUCCUCUACCCAAGACAUGGUUGGCCAAUAGGGUCGCCACGUUCUUUCCAGGUACAAAAACGCAGCCUGCUGGCAAAGGGAAGGAAUUUGUGCGACGGGCAAUCACUCCGUUCCAGAUCACUUUUGCUCCCAUUACCCUUCUGAUGGGAACGUACAUUUUCGUAGCUCUUGGUCUACCUAUCAUGCAGGCCUCCACUCUGGCUACCUUUAUGGAGCCUCCCGUUGUCGCCGGCGGCUAUGGCUUUUCUUCCUUGCAAAUGGCCUUCUUCACCAUGACCGCAUGGGUCGGCAUCGCCUGCGCCCAGAUUUAUGGCUUCUUCUUCAACGACACGACUCCUCUCUGGGUGGCUCGCCGCCGCGGUGGCACCUGGCACCCCGAAUAUCGCCUUGCGAACACCAUCCUGCCAUCGAUCAUGCUACCCAUUGGUCUCGGGUUGUGGGGAGCUGGUCUGCAAUACCAUCUCCAUUAUAUGGUCCUUGCUCUCGGCUCCUUCCUGAUCUGGUUCGGCGCUCUUCUUGCCUUGCCCGUCUGCUACAACUACAUUAUCGAAUGCUUCCUGCACACCCCUGUCGAGGCCUCCGUCUCGCUGAAUGCCUACCGUAUUACCUUCGGCUUGAUCUCAGUCUUCAUCACCACUAACUGGGAGGCGGCUGUUGGCGUGGGCUGGAUGUGGGGAAUGGGUUCCUUUCUCAUUGUAUUCGUCGAUCUCAUCAUGAUUGGGAUUAUUCUUAAAGGUCAUGUUGUUCGUCAGUGGACUGCGAAAUUGAGUUCGACUCUUGCAGUUACUGAAGAUGGAGCAGCCAUCAGCACGAAGCAUGAUGUCGUGGCUUAA